AUGAGCCUACUGUUGUUCUAUCUACUUUUCUUUGCCUCUUCGGACGCCUUCAAUACCAACUCUUGGCACAAAAGAAAACAGGCAGUUCUGGCUUCGAGCCUACCGAGUAUUGAAGAGCUUGAAAACGAUCCGUUUAUGAAGCAAGUGCAGCAUGGUGCAGACUUGUGCAGCGCACUUCAAGAAGAUCCUUCUAAUGCCGAUAUCCAUGAAAGAAUUAAGGCUCAACUACGUUCCUCCGAUGGGAUCCGUGGGUUCAUGGUUUCUUAUCUGACUAGUGAAGAUACGAGUCCUAAGGCACUUGUUGUCCCAGAUGGCCUCGCCGAAGUAUUGCAAGAAAUUACCCGCUCCAAUCCCGAGGACCUCGUUCCGCUAGCGUUCAUGAAUGUAAUCAUGCCUACCGCAAUGAGUACCAUGCACAACGAAGAAGAUCUUCGUCAAAGUUCUGUCCAAACAGCAAAGCGAGGGCUUUCCAUUCUCGCAACGAUGACUGGCGAACAUCAAAGUGUCAAGAGUAAUGCUAAAGCAAUACUGAACGUAGCUUUGGAUAGCAAAGGAGAGGAUAUAGAUUCUAAGCUGAUUGAGUAUUGGAAUAGCUUUUUCGACAAAUGGGGAUAUAAAGAUGAGCAAAAGAAAGACAUAUCAGAAUCGAUGAGCUUGUUUUUAACUUCCAACUACACUAAAUAA